AUGGAUACUCCCACAGAGCAUGUCAGACAACAGAUGCUUGCCCUGCAGCCCGCCAUGCAUUUAAACCCCCAAAAAUGGGAACAACCUUUCCAAACCGCUUGGCAACCACAGUUUUGCGCAGCAACUGGAAGCCCGGAGUCCGAUCGCUGCAAACCAAGCACUUCCAUCCUCAGCAUUGACUUGAAGAUUAAAUCGAGCUACACCUGUGGCACAAGAUAUGACAGGUCAACAGUGGAACACCUUCAGCAGGCAUAUUGUCUGCCUACUCGAACAUCCAGCAUUUCACCGAUCACACCAUCGAUAGGGAUGAGAAUAACCGACCGUCGCGAUCCUGAUGAGUUAGACAUCGACCUGUCUACAGAUGAAAAUUGCCUUCUUCGGGAGGAGCUAGCCGACAUCUGCAAACCCGGAGCCAACAGUGAAUUACACUCGCAUCACUCGUCUGCGCAAGGAUUCGCGGGAGAACCAACCCUUCUGGGAAGCCUCGCAAAAUUGUUUAACAACUAUUUUAAUCCGUGUGUACCUGUCAGGCCACACCACAUAGUUGCAGGCUCAGGGACGAACAGUUGUCUUGUUACCUUGCUCUAUAAAAUCUGCGAUCCUGAAGACGGCGUCUUAGUGCCAGGGCCAUAUUGGAACGGGGAUGAGGUAGACUUUCGCACUUGUUCAUCCGUCCAGUCAGUUCUAGUCAAAACGGAAAAAUUCACGGACAUUUUUACGUUGAACUUGAUACCCAAAAUGGAGGAGGCGAUGGAUAACGCCACAUGCAGGAUAAGAGCCCUCGUCUUAACGAACCCACAUAAUUUAUUCGGGCAGUGUUAUCCCCAGGAAGUUCUGGAAGCCUGCCUGAAGUUUUGUCAGCGACGGGAAAUACACAUGGUUUCUGAUGAAGUGUAUGCGAUGACGACAUUUUCGUGUGCGGAGAUUUCUGACCCAACUCCGUUCAUUUCGGUCUUGUCCUUGGAUGCUGGUGCAUUGCAAUGUGACCGUUCUCGUAUCCAUAUGAUAUGGGGUACCAGCAAAGAUUUCGGCGUCAGCGGAUGUCGAAUGGGUUGUAUAGUAUCACAAGAUAACAGAGAGUCCAUUGUUGGACUUGCAGCUUCACCCAAAGCCCAGGUCUCAUCGCCAUCUGUAUUAUCCACAACCGCUCUUCUUUCCUCACCCACACUACCCCUUUUAGUCGCUUUGAACUCGGCCAGGUUGGCAGAAUCAUAUAUCCUCAUCACUUCAUUCUUUAUUCGCCAUCGAAUCGACUAUAUUCCAGUAAAUGCAGGAUUAAAUAUAUUUGCAAGGCUCGUUCCAAAUGCAAAGACUUGUGAGGACGAACUGGAUAUGAUAACGACACUUAAGGAGAACGGAGUGGUGGUUAGAGGUGGCGGAAGCUACCACGGAACACUUUUCGAAAAAGGGUGGGUACGGAUAUCAUUUGCUUUAGAGGAGCACCGGCUCCAGGAGGCCCUCCACAGAAUCGAAACGGCACUGCAUUUGGAGUCGUAA